AUGUCUUCUGAGAAUACUCAAAAUGCGACUGCCGACCUCAAACAGGAGAGUUCAGUCGUCCGCCCAGACCCCCGCGAAGAUAUGAACAUGGCAGCCUCAAAAGAUCCAACAUCGCCCGAAGAACUACAAACAACUCAGGAAUCACAAGCGGCGAAAGAAUCGUACGACAACUACAUCAAGAAUUUACCACCCCCAUUUUGGCAGACCAAGACACCACAAUCAAAAGCAGCGAACGACGAGGCGACCGCGGCUAAAAUCAACGCUGUAUGUGCGCCAGUGACAGCCGAGCAGCGCGAAGAAGAUGAACGUCUGAAAGCCAGGUCUUGGCGCGAGCGGUGGCGUGAUCGCAAGGCGAGACGAGAGGGCAAAGAGAAGAAUGAAGACCCCGAUUUAAGACCUGUAGAAAGGGGGAGCCGGGCACAGCUAAAUGUUUUUGGUGUCAAUACCAAGGAGAAGAAGAGGACUCGGUAACGCAUCUAAACAAGAGAUGCGCUGUAGACUGCAUGGGACAUUACACAGCUAUUAAAACAAUGACAGCUAUAGUGUGCCUGU